CGGCAACCUCGUUAUCGUACCACGGGCAGCCAACGCUGCACGCUGCCUAAAGCUGGCCCCUACCGCAGACUAAAGAGUGGAGGGUCGCGGGAAUGGGCGAGCAGCUAAGGCAACGGGGAACCGUCAAGUGGUUCAACGCCACUAAGGGCUUCGGGUUCAUUACACCUGAAGGAGGCGGUGAAGACCUCUUUGUCCACCAGACCAAUAUCAGCUCGGAGGGCUUUCGCAGCCUGCGCGAGGGAGAGGCUGUCGAGUUUGAGGUUGAGGCUGGACCUGAUGGCCGAUCCAAGGCAGUGGGCGUGACGGGCCCCGGCGGAACUGCGCCUGAGGGUGCUCCGCGGAACUUCCGAGGCGGUGGCCGCGGCCGUGGCCGCGGUCGUGGCGCCCGCGGGGGCUAUCCGGCGUACGGCUAUGCACAGAUGCCGCCCAUGUACCCCGGCUACUACUUCUUCCCUGCCGACCCCACCGGUCGCGGCAGGGGACGUGGCCGGGGCGGCAUGGCGGUGCAGGGCAUGAUGCCCGGCAUGCCGUACGCCAGCAUGCCCAUGGGCGGCGUUCCCGUGGACACCAGCGGCGAGCCGUCCGGCCUGCAGGUUGUUGUGCACAACCUGCCGUGGAGCUGCCAGUGGCAGCAGCUGAAGGACCACUUCAAGGAGUGGCGGGUGGAGCGCGCGGAUGUGGUGUACGACGCGUGGGGCAGGUCCAGGGGCUUCGGCACAGUCCGCUUCACGACCAAGGAGGACGCCGCGCAGGCGUGCGAGAAGAUGAACAACAGCCAGAUUGAUGGCCGCACAAUAAGUGUGCGCCUGGAUCGGUUCGCGUGAGCAGCACGUGUUACGUUUGCGCGAGCUGUGCUCUAAGGCAGCAGAAGAACCGACAACAAAUCCUCCAGAGAAGACAACGCACUACUAUCGUUUUUCGCCCGUCUCAAGCGACAGCUGCGGCAGUUUUGAAUUGCCGUAACUUGUUGCGAGAGUCUUGAGUACCUCGGCUUCCAACCUGUACAUCAUGGAUUCAUAACAAGUUUGCGCUGUAUGUGCUGCGCUGAGUGCUGCUCGACACCGCUCCUUUGGGUGUGUUUGACUUUGCAGCCGUGGAGCAGGACCACGUGUACCACAGCCGCGCUUUACGCAGUUAGCUUGCCAAUCAGCUGCUGGUUGGCUGGCUAGCUGUUGCAUACGCGCGUGCACCAUGGAACAUAAAGCCCUGUUUCCACUGCAAAGCAGCAAGGGCUGCGGCUGGUGACGUUUUCCCGAUCAGUCACUCCUGCAGCCGACGACCUAUGAGGGCCUGGGUGGCGGCCUGAGGCGAGGCUAGGCGAGUUGGGGUGCGGCAGAGGGGUGUGAGGGUGUGCUGUCGUGGCCACAUGCAUUCUGCGUGCGCGCGUGUGCCGGGGUAAUUUUGGACGCCUAUCCCGGCUCUGUGUGUGUGCGCUGGCCUCUGCGUUGCCGGCCGUAGGGAGGCAGCUGCGGCGGUGGCGCUUGGGUGAUGGUGUGUGUGGCAAUGGCGGCGACCGGAGACAGGGUAUUGGGGGUGUGGCUGUGUGGUCUGGCGGCGGGGUGUGGUGGUUGUGUCGUAUGUGGGUUGGCGAUGACGUGCGAUGUUUAUAACUGAAGUGUGGUUUCCUUUUGACCCUCAUAAAG